UUUUUUUUUUUUUGGUCUUUUUUGGUCCAUUAUUUCCCUUCAAUUUUAAAUUUCUUCGCUUUUGUUAUUAUUCUGCCUAUGCCAAUCUCCAAGCUUUGAAGUAUGUCAACAUUUUUGUGCUCCAUUCUGCCAUGUUCUUGCUUGAUACAAAUAAAUCAAAAAUAUGCUUAGCAGUUGAAAAGGGUCUGGUGUUACCCAAUACCAGCCCAAAUGAUCCAAUAGUGAAGGAAGAAUGAGCAGAAAGAAAGAGUUUCGAUCCGCAAAAUAAUAAUUUCAACCCGCAACCUCAGUUUCUUAUUCAAGAAUUGAUUACACAACUAUUUUUCUUUCUUUUUUAUACAAAAAAAAAUGAAGUUAUAUUCCAUCUUAAUCUUGCGUAAAGAAGCUGACAAGGCAAAGAUAUUGACUUCUCAGUUCGACUUGUCUAGCUUUGGUUUCUUUCAACGUGGCAGUGUUCAAGAGUUUAUGAACUUUUCAGCAACUACUAUUGCAGAACGUACACCAGAAGGUCGUCGCCAAAGUGUUGAAAGUGAAAAUAAUGUUGCCCAUGUUUAUACUCACCCACAAGGUGUAAGUGGCAUGAUUAUUAGCGAUAAAGACUAUCCUUCUAGAGUUGCUUUUUCUGUAUUAAACAAGAUUAUGGACGAAUUUUUGGUCAAGUUUCCAACUGAUCAAUGGAAAUCAGCAGAAACUUUAGAUUAUCCUGAAUUGGCUGAAUACCUUAGAAAGUAUCAAGAUCCUCAACAAGCUGAUACUAUCAUGAAGGUUCAGAAAGAAUUAGAUGAAACAACUGCUAUUCUGCACAAAACGAUUGAUUCUGUUCUUCAACGUGGUGAAAAGCUUGAUUCUCUUGUAGAUAGAUCAGAAGCCUUAUCCAAUCAAUCCAAGAUGUUUUACAAGACAGCCAAAAAGACAAAUAGUUGCUGUGUUGUGAUGUAAAUAUUAAUAUAUAAAUAUAUAUAAAUGUGUCUGUGUGUGUGUGUGUGUGUGUGAAUGUAUGGAAAUAAUUGAAUGGAAGCAUACCUUUUUUAUCCAACAUAAUAAUAAUAAAACUCCC